AUGAACAAUUCUGAGUUCACUGUAGCUGAGACCACUAUGACUAGGAGCUUCUCACUUGGCUCUUAUAGAGUGUUCCUGACGAAUCAAACCAGUGAUUGCGGCUAUUUCCAAGCACUUCAUUAUCCAUGUCGGCAUGCCUUAGCAUGCUAUGCAUAUGCACGUCUGAGUUGGUCCACCUAUGUCCAUGAGGUAUAUCGCCUUAGCUCGGUAUUCGAUCUCUAUCGGAUGGGAUUCACACCUCCAAUCCCUGAGAGGUUUUGGCCACCAUAUGAUGGUCUAAGAGUCAUACCUGAUCCUACCAAGAGACGUGUGUUUGAAGGGCAUCCCAAGACUACUAAAAUCCAAAUUACCAUAGACGAGUCUGAGCCAAACAAGGCCAAGAUAUGUGGGCUUUGCAGACAGCCUGGCCACACUCGUAGGAGGUGUUCACAGGGAGGAGUCACCAUUGGUUCUGCAUCCGCCAAUAAUGUGUAG